AUGUGCCACAACAAAAGACAGUUGCCCACAAAAAACGUCUUAAGGAAGACACAGGGUGACGACCAGAAGCGUGCUUCGGGAGACGCAGCCCGUAAAGAAGCGUCCGAAGGGAGACGCAGGGUGCGCCAGGAAUUUCCUAAGGGAAGUAUCCAGGUUCCUAUCCGUUUCCUAAGGGGGCAAAAUAGUCAUACAUAUGCCCAUAAAAAGCGUCCUAAGGGAGAAGCAGGGCGACGACCAGAAGCGUCCUUCGGGAGACACAACCCGCAAAACAGCGUCCUAAGGGAGACACAAGGUGCCCCAGGAAUUUCUUAA